CUAACGUUAGCUCGCUAGCAUCGCCCAUGUAAACCAAUGGACUCCGAUGCUACUCAGUGCAUGCUAGCUGAUUGAGUUUGCUAUUUUAAAUCAUUUGUCUACGCAAUAACAAUGAAUUUGUUGCUGAUUUUUUCAUUAUUAAGAAAGAAGUGACUUAUUUCGACACGGUUAAACUCUGUUGUUGUAAUUUGACUGUUCGUAUUAACCUGUGGGAUCUGGUUAUCAGCUAACGUUAGACAGGCUGGCUAACUGCUAGCCGUCAUGUAAACAUUAAAAACAAAUCGAGUCUGCCCCUAAGACUAAAUGUCAGCCAUUCCGAUUGAAUCUAGAUUAAGUCAGUGUUGGAAAUAGUUUAGGAUACCUUAAUUUCUGCUAAAAGAAUAUAUAGUUUAAGUAGGUAUUUUCAUCAGUGUAUAUGGGCCUGUCGUUUCCUGACAGCUGUUAUUAAAGUGUGAGUUCGUGGUUGUGGUUCUGCUCAGGGCUUCAUGGAGCCUGACGUGGUUCGCAUGUACUCCUCAUCUCCGCCGCCAAUGGAAGAUGGCGCUGAGGAAGAAGAUGAUGAAUUCAGUGAUUUCACCGGCGUCCCGAACAGCGUCAGUUUCACAGAAUUCGAGACACCCACAACAUUUGACCAGUCUCAGGCUUUGAACGCCACCUCACCACCGGACUUACUUAGUAAUGGCAGAAUUGUGGGAUUAACUCAACCUGUAGGGUCUAUGAAGUCUAACGGUGUGGCUCCUGGCAGUGGCCACAGUGGCACGCCCAAUGGUCGAACAGUUAGGGUAGAUGAACUUAAAAAGUUCACAGAGCAUCACCAAGCUCAAAUCAACUCCCUGGAGUUUCCAGAGGGCUCUCGGACUGAUAACGAUGCCAUUGACUGCAAUGGUUCUGUUGAAGUGCUUACAAAUGGAUUUGUUACAUUAGACAAAGGAGGAAGCCCUCUUACACCCCACAAAAAUAAAGAAAUCGAGCCCACCAUAGAGCACAGUCCGGAAGUUGACGAUUUUGCAGACUUUUCUGCUUUCAACCACAGUGAUGGAAAUACAGAUUGGGAACAUUUGAACGUGAGAACGACUAAAGAGGAUCUUGGUGUUGAAGAAGAAGGAGCUUCUUCGGAGGAUGUUAACAGAGACUCAAGAAUCACCAGUGCCUUACCUGGUUUCUCUUCUGAGAAUUCGGAGGGCUUCAGGAAUGGGGACUGGGGUUCCCAUGUAGUGACGGAUUUGGAUAAGAAGUGUCCAGAAACGGAUAACACACAUCAGGAUGCAAAUACUACUGAGGCGGUUGGCACAGCUCAACCACCAGUGCUUAAUGGUGUUGCUAAAACUGUUAUUGACGAUGAAGGCACAGUGGACAACAAGGUGUCACCAGACCCCAAUGGUGAACAAUUAGAUGAGAAAGGCUCAGAGAAUGAGACUGAAACAGAGACAGAAACUGAGACCUCUUUUGGUCGGCCACUAUCAACGGAUGCACUUGAAGAAUUUGGGGACUAUAGCACGACAGGAUCCGUACCAUCUCCUCCGCUACAGGAAGAGACAUCAACUCCGGCUGAUGACAGUCAGCUGGCUGAGGAUGACGAUGAGGAUUUUGGAGACUUUGGUGACUUUGGAGAUGCUAACUCCUUUGGUGGAACUGGAUUUGCUGAAUUUGACCAGCAAGACACAACAACACAAAUAACUCAGUCUGAACCAGCCUGUAAUGUCCCUGUGGAACCUGAAGAUGGUGAAUUUGGUGAUUUUGACAAAUCGAAAGAACCUAGUGGAGCAAGGUUAGCAGGUGAAGAAGGAACAACGUGUGCAAAUUUUCCUGAAAGCGACAGUUUCGCAGAUUUCAGCUCGGCGCAAGUGGGUGAAGCUGAUGACAGCAGAGGAUGGCAGGCUUUCUCUGAACCAGAUCAAAGCCAAAAUGAUGGGGAUUCCUGGGCAACGUUUGGGCAGGACACAUCAUGCACUGAAAAGUCUGGAAAUGACUGGCAUGAAAGCCGACCUGUUGUGGCGCCCCCUAAUGAGGAGCGCAAAAGUUGCACAUCGGCUACUUUGGCCAGCCGUUUGGAGAAGAUUUUCCAGGCCAGUUUUCAACUGGCUCUUGCUCCUCAGGUAGAGUUGGAGGAAGAGGUGCGUGCACUCAGCACCAUCCUCAAACCUCCUGACACAUCACAACAGGAAGAGGGUGACAGAGAGCCUGCCAAUGGGGCACUUCAGGACGUUUGGCAACAGUUACAGGAUGUUAAUAAUGCCUAUGGUCUCCGGUACCAAUGGGGCGGUUCUUAUACCAAUAAAUUGCUGCUCUGCUCCCUGGGGAUUGACACAAGAAAUAUACUGUUCACGGGUCAAAAAAAGCAGCCUGUAAUUGUGCCAAUGUAUGCUGCCAGUCUGGGGAUGCUGGAACCCACAAAAGAACCAGUAAAGCCUGUCUCUGCGGCUGAGAUGAUCGCCUCAAUAGCACAAUCUCCUUCGGUUGCUUCAGAGUUGAACACCUGCCCACCUGACACCAACCAGGAGUCCCUUCCUCCUGUUCAGUUUGACUGGAGCAGCAGUGGCCUUACAAACCCUCUAGAUGCGAGUGGAGGCUCGUCUCUGCUCAACCUUGAUUUUUUCGGUCCUGUGGACGAGUCGCCCUCUGGCACCGCCACCUCCAUACCAGGUGUGGACCCUGAGCUGUAUGAGUUAACGCAAGCCAAGCUGGACACCAGCGGGGGCAGUAGUCGAGUCGUGGAUGCAUUCGCCCGCCUAAUGUCAACCGUAGAAAAGACCAGCACAUCCACCAGAAAGCCUGUCCAGAAAGAGGAGAAUCUAAGUGAGGAGGCUCGGAGAGUAAUCGCAAGGCUACCGGAUCUCUCCUUCAUGCAGGCGAAAGUCCUGAUGUUCCCCUCCACCCUGACUCCUCUUCUUCCCUCCUCAACGCCCUCACCCACGCCCGACUGAUGCGUUUUUCUCCUUCACCCUAUUUCAACUGUUUUUCUUUACACAUCAUUUGCCAGUUAUUGUUAAACUGAUAGUUGUUUUUAAAAUUGCCGUCAUGGUUCCACUAUUCGUUCUUUGCUGAGUUUUGGUCGUUUUUAAGCUUAAACACAUUGCCAUACAUAAGAUGAUGAAAGAUGAUGCGAUCGAUUUCUUUAGAAGAGAAAAAUGUAGGAAAUGUAUUUUUAUUUGUAGAUCAACAGUAGGAAAGCGUUUUGUGUUUAUAUUAGAGCCAAUCUGUACAUAAUCAGGGAUGAAAUUUUCUUUCGAGUAUUCUACUGUUUAGUUAAAUGUGUGUAUGCGAAAGAAAAAAGGGCACUUUUUAUGAAACACUGGUUGAAAAGUCCUUUGACGGCACAAAUUUCAUGAAUUAUUUGAUCUGUAUUUAGAUACGCAAUUAUAACUUGAAACCAAAUCUGCAAAAUUUUACUUAGUUGUGAUUUUGUGUAACAAAGGCUUUAGUUUAAAAGUUUUUGUUAGUUAAUUAAUUAAUUUAAUCACACCCAAUGUUGUUGUAGCAUAUGAUUUUUCACUUAUUAGUGAACUUUCUCUUUGAGUUGUGUUAAGUUAAAUUGUUAAUUUUGCUUUCCACACUGACAAAUCAAGAGACAACUACAGAAACGAUGGCUUCGUUUCAAUCUGCACAUAUAUCUGUUAACUUUGUGUUCGUUCGUCGUUUGUUUGUUUGUUUUACAUUGAAGUUGCAACACUGGCAUUGAACUGUAAUGUAGCGAAGGAAUCAAUGAUAAUUGAAUGAUUAAGUUAUGAAUAUAUAUACACAUAUAUAUUGAGAAUAAGGGACCAAUAUCUACUGUAACGCUCAUUUCCCUGUUAUCCGUGUGUUUCUGGUCUUCAUUCUCAUGCUGUAUCUGUGUUUUAUGCUAUGCUAAAUCUUAACAGACUCUUGGAGGACAUUCACCUUAAAAGCAAACCUGUAAGCCAGGAGUGCAUGAUGGGAAAUGUUUACCUGAAACGUCAGUUAAGAGGCAUUUAUAGUUAUUAUUUUAAGUUGUUAUUAGUUGUAUCACUGUUUAUUCUGUAUCAUGGAGGAUUUUGCACAUUGUAAAGAAAUACAGAAGAACUGCUUACAUAGUUAACUGUGGCUUUGGACUGUGUACAGUCAAACUAUGGAACAUGUAAAAAUUGUUAUGGGAAAAUUCCUAUGGAAAAAUCAUGACGAAUGAUAUCCCUAAAGAGCCUUUACCGAGGUCAAUCGCGCAUGCCCAGGUUCUUUAGGAAAACUUAAGUGUGUAAAUUUUCUGUAAGUGUACACAAGAAAUUAAAAUAAUUUAAGAGAA